AUCAUAGACAACCUAUAUAUGAGGGAUCGGUUGAUUAAGGGUAAUCUUUUGGAGUGCUGCUCCUCAAAUUGGUCCAUAUUUUCUGGUUAUAAGUCAGCCACACACACACACACACUGAUCCAUAAAACCUCAUAGAAAUGCUCCUGUGGUUCCGAGGAGUUAUAGAAUGCUGUUAAAAGAGUUUGCUGCAAUCAUCAUCAAUGAGGUUAUGAGGGAACUAUGCAAUAACACUGCAGAAGAUGCCUUAACACCACUCCUUGGGCAGUUAAAAUUGUCUAACCCUUACACGAGGAUUUCUUUGACUUGGGCUUUUUUACUGAUCUUUACUUACAAGUUACAAAUAGUCUCAGAAAAUGGGUUAGACAGAAAAUAAACAGUUUUGGGGGCUAAUAUACAGUGAAGUAAGUUAUUCUUUGAAGCAUUCAUCCGAGUCAUCUUUCACCUGAUGACCUUUUUCUAAGAAACAGGGCAUCCAAAGAUAUUCAAUUGUUCUACAAAAGCAAGAAUUUGAUCAUAUGCAACAUCUUGUCAUGUAACAUACCAUGGAGAAGCAACUAACUAGGAACAUGGUUUGGCUUAAAUAAUGUCAUAUAAUAUAUCAAUGGAAGUCACUGGAGAGGACUUCCAUUCAUCCUAUUGACCACACAUUUCAUUAUGCUUGCUGCAUUUUAUUUGUAUUCCUCAAAACCAAAAAAAAAAAAAAAAAAAACAAAAACAAAAAACAAAAAACAAAAAAGAAGGAAAACAGGUCUUAUUAUAUUCCAUCUCCUUUUGCCCUUUUUCUCUGCUGUUAAUCAGGUUAUUUUGUUUGACUGACACUGCAUUGCUGUUGCCUAUUUUCAGCUUGCUUAGGUACCAAGCCAAAUCCAGGAUUUCCUAGAAGAGGGGUUCUUUGCUAUCAGUUUCAGGCUUUAUUUUGAAAAUGGCAAGAGGUACAAGGGCCCGACGUAGGCUUUCUUCCCGUCAAUCCAGGCCAACCCCAUACCCAUUACCAUCAUACAGUUGGAAGGGUCUUGAGAAGGAAGCGAUCCAGAAGAACUCAUCCAAAGCUUUGGAGAAAGACUGGGAAGACGCUACCUGUUCAGUGUGCAUGGAAUUCCCUCACAAUGCUGUACUGCUGCUUUGUUCAUCUCAUGACAAGGGCUGCCGACCAUACAUGUGCGGCACCAGUUAUCGCUAUUCCAAUUGCCUUAAUCAGUUCAAGAAGGCAUACACAAAAGUUAUGUCACCCCCCCAUAGUCAGGUUCAAGACGAUCUAUGGCAUGAAUCAGCAGAGAACUCAAGUGUCGGUUUAGGUGCUGGCUGGCCAAAUGAAAAACAUGUGGUUACGGAGCUUGCGUGCCCCUUGUGCAGAGGGCAGGUAAAGGGAUGGACGGUGGUUGAAGCUGCACGUGAAUAUCUCAAUGCCAAGAGGAGGAGCUGCAUGCAGGAUGACUGCUCAUUCGCUGGUACAUACAAAGAGCUCAGAAAGCAUGGGAGGGCGGAACACCCAUCUGCACGGCCACGUGAGGUGGACCCUGUACUCGAACAGAAAUGGAGUAGGCUUGAGCGUGAGAGAGAGUGCCAUGACGUGAUCAGCACUAUAAGAUCAUCGAUGCUAGAGGCAAUGGUGUUAGGGGAUUAUGUGAUAGAGGGGGGACGUCUAGGCUUCCAUACGGAUGAGGGACAAGUUGAUGAAGAUGGGAAUUAUGAGAUGGGUGUGGAGGAGAGCAAUUGGCUCAAUGUCCUCUUCCUCUUGCAAGCAUUUGGGUCCACCGGGAAUGCAAGUUUCAGGUCACGCCUUAGGCAGCUUGAGAGGGGUCACCGCACAUUGGAGGAAGGGGGCACUGGCAGCAGCCCACCCAUUCCUAGCACUAGGGAUGGUGUUGCUGCUACAUUUGAAGGAGAGGGUGUUUCUCCAGCUAGUCAAGGGAGAGUAUUGGGCUUGGGGAGGUCUGAAAGGCGGCAGCGGCGUAGGAGCCGGCAGAGAUCAGUAAUAGAUGUGAGCCGAAGAAAAUGGAAAAGAUAAGGCGGGGCAGCCAGGCAUAAGUUGGUUUGUCAUUUGGCAGAAAUGUGAAAUGAUGCUGUCUUAUUCCCAGUAUAAACUUGGAUUUGCCCACCAUUUUAUCAAGUCUGGAAUUGGUGAUGUUAAUGACUGAUGUCAGUCUGUUGUUUCUGUUUCUAAUCUAUAGUCGCUGUAUGGUUUUCUCCUGUUUAUUGUAAUUAGCAUAUGAUGUUUUCCUCGUGUAGCAUUCAUCACCUGGUAAAAUCUGUGUUUAGUGUUCAAAUAAUUCCGUCUGCCAUUUAUUA